UCUGCAGAGAGGGAGGCUUCUGCAGAGUGGUUGUCUUCUGCAGAGAGGAAAGCUUCUGCAGAGAGGUAGGCUUCUGCAGAGAGAUAGGCUCUCUGGGAAGAGUCAGAGUCCAGUCCUGCAAUAUUAAAUAACAACAAUCCCACUACUGCAUAGUAUGGACUUCCCAGGUCAUUUCCAGCACAUCUUCACACAGCUCAACCACCAGCGCCUCCAUGCUCAGCUGUGUGACUGUGUGGUGCUGGUUGGAGGCCAGAGCUUCCAGGCUCAUCGCUCCAUCCUGGCAGCAUGCAGCUCCCACUUCAGGGCUCUUCUGAGCUCCAGUGACAGCGGUGAUCAGGUUGAUGGAUCUGGUGGAGCUGCUGACAUAGGUGGAGGUGGAGGCCCCAGUGUGAUGGAGCUAGAUCCAGAGGUGGUGACCCCUGAGGCCUUCUCCACCUUGCUCGACAUGAUUUACACCUCCACCCUCUCUCCGGGGGCCUCCAAUGUGAUGGAUGUGCUGUUGGCGGCAUCGCACCUGCAUCUCAACGCUGUGGUCAAGGCUUGCAAGCUCCACCUGUCCAGGAAAAACUUCCCCGCGUCGGCACCGAAAGGUUGGAGGUCAGUGCAGCAGUGUCCAUCGUCCCAGGCCUUGCUUCAACAGGCCACAUCUGUCUUGGAGGAGCGUGUCGAUGAGGAGGAAGUGGGAGUGGAGGUUAGUCAGUCUGGUGGGGUUGAAGACCAAGGGGUGAGUGCUGCAACACUUUUGAGGCACAAGAGGAAGUCACAAGAGGAUGGGCUCAGUAGUAGAAAGAGGUCCUGCAGGCUGCCUGAGGAAAACUAUAAGGAGGGUUCACCUACUGUAACGAGAAGCACCGUCAGCACAGGAGAGGGUGGAGAGGAGCUGCUGUCCCCAGACUGCCUGAAGACGACCGAUGGACUCUGGGAGAGCCGAGGCGAGGAGGAGGAGACGGAGGAGAAAUACGAAGCAACCAAGGGAGAGUCGGAGGAGAUCCAGCUGCCGAGCCAAUCGGACAGCAGCACGGGAGGUGUAGGCGCGUGGGAGAAGGGCGGAGAUAUGGACGGAGACACUGUGGUCAAAGUAAAGGUGGGAGAAGAAGGUGAGGAAGAGGAAGACGAGCCAAAGAUGGCGAUGAUUGAGGUGAAGAAGGAAAAUCUGAGCUCAUACUCCCCAGAUUUACCACCUCCUCUAUCUCCUCUGCGAGACUGCGCAGACAAUUUGGAUGCACAACUAAAUGAGGAGAAAAUGGCAACAGCGUACCCAACGGAGGGUGACGUUAGCUCUCUACAGUCUCAGCUGUGUACAGAUCUUCAAACUGAUGCACAGAGAGCAGCUGGAGAUUUGGGUGAGGAGUCAGUGGACGGUGAAGGCCUAGACAGCCUGUCAGAACUUGCUUUUUCCUGCUUCCUCAAUCCCAGUAGUGAAAGUGUAAUGGGAGCUUUAGAGGAAGAAGACAGCCUUGCGAGCCUCACUGCUGCUGCUACUGCUGCUGCUGCAGCCGCUGCCAGUGAUGCUCCUGCAGCUGCUGGAGAUACUGGUGAACUGUGUCAAAACUCAGAAGAAGCCUCUUCUGCUCAGUCUUCUGAUUCCUCACUAGUUUUUCCAGUAACGUCUCUCCCCUUGCAGCAGCUUCUCCCUACUCCGGGUCCUGGUUUCGGCGAUACACUCAUCCUGCAGCCCACCCAGAACUCUUUAACAGGGUUCCUGAGUGGCAUCGGACCAAGCCUCGGUCUGGAAACCUCCUUCGUCCAACCCUCCAGGGCCGGGAAAUGCUCAGGGGCGACAACCUUUCGUCGCAUCGCUCCCAAAGUGCCGCCCGGAUCAGAAGUCGGCACGGAUCCUUCCUCUGCAUCGGCGGGGGAUGCUGCUGCCGAACGGCCGCCUCUAACCAGAGCUUCAGAGGAUGUUCUGUCCAAAUGCAAGAAAGCAGCUGCUGAAGACCACGUGCUGUUGGUGGAAGGGGAGAAGAAAUACGCCUGCAAAAUCUGCUGCAAGACCUUCAUGAACCUGACCGACUGCAAGAAACAUAUUCGCGUCCACACAGGAGAAAAGCCCUAUCCCUGUCCAAAGUGUGGGAAACGCUUCAGCCAGUCCUCCCAUCUGUAUAAGCACUCAAAAAACACCUGCCUGAACUGGAAAGAUGAUCAAUCGUUUCCAGAUACCCUGCUGUGACCUGCACUUAACCUGAUAGACAUUUGUUGAUAACAACUCAACACAAUUCACUGUAAAUAAUUCACUCUGUAAACUUGAUUAUUUAUUACCCCAUACACUUCCCUAAUCAAUCUGAGAUUUUAUGUUACAUGAAUUCAAAGUCAAUUAGCUAAUGUAAUUCUUGCAUUGUUUUUUUUGUUUUUUAUGUUCUCAACCAUGUUGUGAUUUUUAAAAAUGAAAUGGAUGUGAAUGCACUGAAAAUAUUCCCAAAGAAUAACUUGUUUUUUGACUGCUGUGUUAAGAGUGAUGAGAAUAAAUGACGCAUUUUCUUUCGA